AUGGAGUUACCAUGUCGUCUUACGUUUUGUGAAGCCCAGGCUUAUGUCGACAUCCAGUUUUGGCAAAGAUUGAGGCAUCUCAAAUUGUCUGAAUGGAAACUGGAUGACCAAGUGGUGCCUAUUCAUGGUACGUUUCGGACUGACAUUUCGGCCAAUGCAUGCAUUAGCGAUUGUUCAAUGGUAUGCUUUAGUCAGGACGCGUUCGAUAAUAGUGAAAUGUAUCAUUCUACAACACCAGGAAGCAGUUUUGUUACCGUUCGUUUUCCAGGACUUCUGAAGAACUUUAAUGUACUUCCUCAGCUGCUUGAUUUAGACACAAAAUUAAGCCUCAUAGGAGUGCUUUGUUCGGAAUUACUUAUUCCCCUUUUUUUCACGGAAUACGUUUCACACCACGAAGAGGAAGAAGCAUGGCGUGUGGCCAACUAUACACCAUUUGGCAUGUUCACUUAUGUCGAUGCAAAGUCUUACCUUUUCUACCACCGAGAGGCAUUUCCGUCCUUUGCUCUUAACAGCCCAAUUAAAAUAUCAUCUUCCCACACAGGAGGGGAGAAUAGUUAUAUGUGUGAAAGGAUUACCGGAGAAAUCCUUGAGCAUGGGAGAAUCCUCCUUUUGGAAAAGCCAUAUAGUUGCAAUCCAUUUAUUUUUGUUGUAAGUGAAAGAGAGCAUGUUACAUUUCAUGCAUUUACUCCAGGAAAUUACUCAAAACUUAAGGAUGAGGGGAGAAACCCCGUUGUUUGUUUUUUUAAUUUCUCUCCCGUACCGACCAGUGCUUCCUGGGCCGCACGGAAUAUCAUCUUAUGUAUGCGGUUGGCACUACCAUCCAUGACAUCGUUUUCAUUCUUAGCCCUGCGCCCUGGUGGGGUGGCUAGUACCUGGUAUGUGGAGUGCACCUGUGAGCCCCUGGACGCACUGGCUCUGGCUGCCGCUUUGAACACCCUAAGAAAUAGCUGUUCCAACAGUGUUUUUAACAGUGACAUUCAGCCGCCAGCGGACGAUUUAGCCCUUCUGAGACCAACUGGAUGGCGAAAGAAGGGUGUGGCGGUGGUCGACCUCAGCGCCAUGAUGGAUCCCGCCCUCCGCGCAGACUCGGAUUCUCGCCUCAACCUGGAGCUCAUGCGUUGGCGUGUUUUGCCGUCACUUGAGCUGUCCUCCCUGGCCGAGUGCAAGGUUCUGCUGCUUGGUAUGGGUACCCUAGGAUGCAAUGUGUCUCGCAACUUGCUCAUGUGGGGAGUGCGCCACCUCACAGCUGUAGAUCGCAGUGUUGUUUCUUUCUCCAAUCUUGCACGCCAGUCCUUAUUUUCGGUAUCCGAUGCUAGCGCACGUCGCCCGAAAGUCGAGGCAGCUGCGGAUGCCCUACGUGCUAUUAUCCCCACCGUGGAUGUGCGGCACAUGGUAAUGACUGUGCACAUGCCAGGCCACCGAACGGAUUCAGCCAAGGAAGCUGAAACAAGGGAGGAUAUAGAAAGGCUUAUUCAGUUAAUGCGGGAGCACGAUGUGGUCUUUCUUCUGACAGACAGUAGCGAGGCACGGUGGCUUCCCACAAUCAUUGCAGCAGCGCACGGGAUUCCCAUUAUCAACGUUGCUUUGGGCUUUCAUCAGUAUGUUGUAAUGAGACAUGGUGUUGUAUCGCCAAGCUCAGCCAUCGAUGCCGGACCAUUGGGCCCUGAAGGUCCAUCGCAUGUAUCUCACUCUUCCAUGGGGUGCUACUUCUGUAGCAGUGUCGUUGGGCCUUUGGACAGUGUUAGCGGGCGGGCGCUCGACGAGCAGUGUACCGUUACUCGCCCAGGGGUCUCCUCCAUUGCGUCUGCUAUCGCUGUGGAGUUGUUGGCUCAGAUUUACCAACAUCCCAGCCGCUUUCGGUGUCCUGCAUACCGAGGCGAACACAACGGCGAGGCAACACAAGGUAUCUGUUGUCUUGGUGCAAUUCCUCAGCAGAUUCGUGGUGAUGUGUACCGUUACGGUGUAAGUUUCUAUUGCGCCGAGCGUAGCCCUUAUUGCACUGCGUGCUCAGAGCCCAUUCUGCUCGCAUACCAAAAUCUAGGCGUUGAUUUUUUGUUUAGGUGUAUCAAUGAUCCUUCUAUUAUCGAAGAAAUAAGUGGAGUGAAGGCACUGAGAGAACAGUGCAGUACAGAGUUGAUAGACAUGGAGCUAAUCACCAGCAGUGAGAGUGAAUCAUUCUAG